UGAUCCAGGAUCAGUCCAGAUGUGGAGCUUGUGAGCAGGUUCUAAGAGAUCCAGUCUCUAUCAUGUGUGGACACAGUUUCUGCAGACAUUGCAUCAGUUUCUACUGGGAUCAGUCAAGACUAGCAGAGGACUUUGACUGUCCUCUGUGCAGAAAGAAAUCUAGAACACGUCCUGUUCUACAGAUGCACGGAUUCUGUUACACACCGGCAGCCCUGCAGGUGGAGACUGAAGACCUGAAAAGAGUCAAAGAAAAGCAUAAAACCAGCAUGAAGAACAAGUACGAGAGCUUAUUUGAGGGAAUCAAGCUCAAAGAGAAUGAAACCCUCCUCAACAGGAUCUACACACAGCUUUACAUCAUAGAAGGAGAGCGUGAUGGAGUGAAUGAAGAACAUGAGGUUUUACAGAUGGAGAAAACAGCCAGAACACAACUCACACAAGACACUUCCAUCUACUGCAAUGACAUCUUUAAAGCCUCACCUGAACCCGGAUGUGAGGAGAAAGACCAAAUCAAGACUGUUCUUACUAAAGGCAUCGCUGGAAUCGGAAAAACCAUCUCUGUGCAGAAGUUCAUUCUGGACUGGGCCGAGGGAAAAGCCAAUCAGGAUGUAGAUUUCAUGUUUUUGCUUCCAUUUCGAGAGCUGAACUUGAUUCAAGAUCAUCAAUAUAGUCUUCAGAGACUUCUGCUGGACUUUCAUCCUGAACUUCAAGAUCUGGACUCAAAGACUUAUGAGGAGUGUAAAAUUGUGUUUAUCUUUGAUGGUUUGGAUGAAAGCAGAAUCACACUGAUGUUUGCAGACACUCAGAAAGUUUGUGAUGUGACUGAGACUUCAUCAGUGGCUGUGUUGAUGUCAAACCUCAUGCAAGGAGAGCUGCUUCCCUCUGCUCUCAUCUGGAUCACUUCCAGACCAGCAGCAGCCAAUCAGAUCCCCUCCAAAUCAACAUACAUUAGUAAAAGGAUUGAAAAGAUGGAUGAUCUGAUCCAGGAUCAGUCCAGAUGUGGAGCUUGUGAGCAGGUUCUAAGAGAUCCAGUCUCUAUCAUGUGUGGACACAGUUUCUGCAGACAUUGCAUCAGUUUCUACUGGGAUCAGUCAAGACUAGCAGAGGACUUUGACUGUCCUCUGUGCAGAAAGAAAUCUAGAACACGUCCUGUUCUACAGAUGCACGGAUUCUGUUACACACCGGCAGCCCUGCAGGUGGAGACUGAAGACCUGAAAAGAGUCAAAGAAAAGCAUAAAACCAGCAUGAAGAACAAGUACGAGAGCUUAUUUGAGGGAAUCAAGCUCAAAGAGAAUGAAACCCUCCUCAACAGGAUCUACACACAGCUUUACAUCAUAGAAGGAGAGCGUGAAGGAGUGAAUGAAGAACAUGAGGUUUUACAGAUGGAGAAAACAGCCAGAACACAACUCACACAAGACACUUCCAUCUACUGCAAUGACAUCUUUAAAGCCUCACCUGAACCCGGAUGUGAGGAGAAAGACCAAAUCAAGACUGUUCUUACUAAAGGCAUCGCUGGAAUCGGAAAAACCAUCUCUGUGCAGAAGUUCAUUCUGGACUGGGCCGAGGGAAAAGCCAAUCAGGAUGUAGAUUUCAUGUUUUUGCUUCCAUUUCGAGAGCUGAACUUGAUUCAAGAUCAUCAAUAUAGUCUUCAGAGACUUCUGCUGGACUUUCAUCCUGAACUUCAAGAUCUGGACUCAAAGACUUAUGAGGAGUGUAAAAUUGUGUUAAUCUUUGAUGGUUUGGAUGAAAGCAGAAUCACACUGAUGUUUGCAGACACUCAGAAAGUUUGUGAUGUGACUGAGACUUCAUCAGUGGCUGUGUUGAUGUCAAACAUCAUGCAAGGAGAGCUGCUUCCCUCUGCUCUCAUCUGGAUCACUUCCAGACCAGCAGCAGCCAAUCAGAUCCCCUCCAAUUACAUCAACCGUCUGACAGAAAUUCAUGGGUUCAAUGAGCCUCAGAGGGAGGAAUAUUUCAGAAAGAGAAUCAGUGACCAGCAUCAAGCCAAUAGGAUCAUCUCACACAUCAGAAGAGCAAGAAGCCUCCACAUCAUGUGCCACAUCCCCGUCUUCUGCUGGAUCUCUUCAACUGUGCUUCAGAAGCUCCUGAAAGAAGAUCUGAGUGCAGAAAUCCCCCAAACUCUGACUGAAAUGUACAUCCACUUUCUGCUGAUUCAGAUCAACAUGAGGAAGCAGAAGUAUGAAGAGAGAGAUCCAGAGAAACUCCUGCAGUCCAACAGAGAAGUGAUUGUGAAACUUGCUGAAGUGGCUUUCAAACAGCUGAUGAAGGGCAAUGUGAUGUUCUAUGAGGAGGACCUGAGUGAGAGCGGCAUAGACAUCACUGACGCUUCAGUGUAUUCUGGGAUUUGCACUGAGAUCUUCAAGGAGGAGUCUGUGAUUCAUCAGAGGAAAGUCUACAGCUUCAUUCAUCUGAGCAUUCAGGAGUUUCUCGCUGCUUUUCAUGUGUUUUACUGCUAUAUACACAGUACAACUGAGACUCUUAUGGUUUUUGAUUCAAUGCAUUAUCUGCAUCAAGGAGCAAUAGAUAAAGCCAUUGGGAGUGAGAAUGGACGGCUGGAUCUGUUCCUGCGGUUCCUGCUGGGCAUUUCACUGGAGUCCAAUCAGAGACUCUCACAGGAUCUACUGACACACACAGAGAACAGCUCAGAGAGCAUCAGGAGAACUUCACAGUACAUUAAAGAGAAGAUCAAAGAUGGACAUGGACUCUCCACUGAAAGAUCCAUCAAUCUGUUCCUCUGCCUGCUGGAAGUGAAAGAUCAGAGUCUGUCCAGAGAAAUUCAGGAGUUUAUGAAAUCAGACAAACACUCAGAGAAGAAGCUCUCUCCUGCUCAAUGCUCAACAAUUGCCUACAUGCUUCAGAUGUCAGAGGAGCCGCUAGAUGAGUUUGAUCUGAAGAGAUACAACACAUCAGAUGAGGGUAGAAGAAGAUUCAUACCAGCUGUGAGCAACUGCACAAAAGCUCUGUGA